AUGUCAGGAAGUGAGAGGAACUAGGUUUGUGUCCUUGUCAAACAGAUUCCCCCACAUGUAUGUAUGUAUGUAUAUAUAUAUAUAUAUAUAUAUAUAUAUAUAUAUGUAUAUGUAUGUAUAUGUAUAUAUGUGUAUAUAUGUGUAUAUAUAUGUAUAUAUGUCUGUCUGUCUUAUCUGUCUGUCUGUUUAUCCAUGAGAUGUGCCACUGCUCCCAUCGGUCGUGGUAGAGACGCCCCCAGCACAGGUAGUCUCUGACAUAUGAUGGGGCUCUGUUCCAGUGACUCCAUCAUAAGUUGGUUCUGAUAUAAGCCAAAUACAUUUUUUUUUUCAUUACUGUCUUUUAUUAUUAUUGUCAUUAGGGGUCGUCGAGUCAGUUCCAACUCAUAGUGACCCUAUAGGACAGAGUAGAACUGCCCCAUUGGGUUUCCUAGGAUCAGAUGGUGGAUUUGAACUACUGACCUUUUGGUUAGCAGCUGAGCUCUUAACUACUAUGCCACCAGGGCCCUGUUGCCUUUUAUUAUUAGUAUCUUUAUGAAUCCAAUCUUUAUGGGUUGGAAAGAUUACAUAUAAACUUAAGGAUAUAUUUUAACAUUAAAUGUAGUACAUAUUACUAACAAUAAGAUGUACAAAAGACAGACGAUCGUUAAGUGAGGUUAGUCUUAAGUUGAAUAGGUUAUAAGCUGUACUUGGUUUCUUGUCUAAGGAUAGGUAAUGGUGUGCCUGGUACCUGUGAAUCUGCAUCUGGAUCUGAAGGUGGCCCUGAGGUGCUGUCCUGUGAUCACUGCCCAAGUGUCUCUAGGUGUGUGUGGCCCAUUGAAGGAGCAGUACAAGGGCAGGUUAGGAAGCGGCUGGCCCAGCCUGGUGCUCGGGGGGCCGAUUGCUGUCAGUACCGUUCAUGGAGCACUUACUUUAAGGCAGGCCUGUGUUAGGUCCUUACACCAUGCUGACCUGCUUUGGGCAAGAGGGUUGUGGGGGAGGUAUCUUUCUCAUUCUACAGGUUUGGAAACUGAGGCACAGAGAGGUUAAGUACCAGACUCUUAGACAGCAGAGCGCAGCUUGGAGCUGAGUCUGGGUGGUGGCAGAGGCUGGUGCCACCCUGCCCCUCAUGUGCCAACUCCCAGAGAGGGUGUCUGCUGGAGCUCAGUGAGCACUCAGCCUAAAGCAUUCCUCAGUGUCCCCAUGGAAGGCAGGAGGGACAUCUCAGUGUAGAAAGACAGCACACCUGUCCUUUGGGCAGAUGUGGCCCAGACUUUGUGACCUGAAGUCUGUCUCAAUCCCAUGCUGUCAGAAGGCAGCUGUCUGGAAAAACACUCUGGUUCAUUCUUACUUGAGGGCUGAUCUUCUGAAUGGGUGAGGCUAGCGUCCUCUCUUUGGAAAAAAGAGCUAUGUGAUGAUUUUGUUCAAGGUGGACUUGAGGGGCUAGGCAUGCUGGGGUGGAAGGACUGCUGGAUCCACGGGGGAUAACAGUGGGAAGAGAGGAGAGUGUGGAAUGAAGUGGCGUCUGAUUUCCUGAGUCCUUCUGGGUAGUAGCUCCUCUCCUGUGGCUGCUCUGGUUUGAAGUGGCAGGUACUUCUGUCUCCAGUGAAGCCCCCACAGCAGUUACUGAGACAAGUCCAAGGCUGGCAAGGUGAGGUCCCAGUGCUAACAGGAGAUGGAAGUGCUGAGGAGUCCCAGCAGCUGCCCCCAGGAUGUGGGGCCUGGAGGAGACUUGGGCAGCUGGCAGGCAGGUCCUUGGCCUCCAGGCUACUUCAGGAUGGUUUUGAAGGAGGCGGGAAAGGGGGCUCCUGGGUGUCUCCCUUUUCAAUCUGCCCCUCCUCCUGUCGUGUUAGCCACCUAAGUCAGUGCUAGGAAUGAGCAGGCCAGCUGAGGGACCCUGUCAGGAAGUGCCACAGAGAAGCCAGGCAGGGAUGUGCGACCAGGUGCCUUGUCCUCCUGAGAUGCUGGGUUUGGAAGAGAGCUUCACCAGGAGGAGAAUCUGCUGGGUAAGUGGGCCCUGACAGGACCCCUCGUGCUGACUCAGCUCUGCGGCGAGGCCAGGUGGUUGCCGUAGAGGGCUCUUGGCACGGUGGUGACUGUUGGCAGGCGGAGGGCGCUCGGGGGCAGUGGUAACUCUCAGUAGAUGGUUGCUGCAGAGGGUGGUCAGUGCAGCGGUGACCCUAGGCAGGUUCGCAGAACAGAAUGUGCUCGCAGAGGGCGCUCGGCACAUUGGUAGUUGCUGCAGAGGGGGUUCAGCGCAGCGGCUACUUUCCACAGGUGUCUGCUGGGCGCCUCCCUGUGGUCACAGGUGGCAGCGGGUGCAUAACACAGUUGUUUUGAAGGAAGGUUCAAAGGGCAGCCACUGGGGAGGAAAUGGCUGGUGUGGAAACCAAGCUUGUUGGACACUUGUUGCUCAGGCCCCUUCAGUGGUGGGUCCUUCUGUAACUGGGUCACAGUCUGGCUUAGCUCAGUGGGAAAGCAGGUCUUUGGUUUUCUUUUUUUUUUAAUUUUAAAUAUUUGAAUAUUAAGAAACGCUUGUGUAUUCAAUCUCUAGCUGUUUGUCAGAUUAACUGCGUUUUCUUGAAGGGUAACCAUUUGAAGAGUCACUGCAUCAUUGGGUGAGUCUGUACCUGAGUGAGCAGGAAGACCUGUUUGGGCUCAUGAUGGUCCUCAGGGCUUGUUUUCUAUGCUUGAUGCUGGCUGCAUUUACAUAGUUCCACAAAGUCAUGCUUUCAUCCCUUAGCCUAGAAAAUUUUCCUAAGGUUUAACCUGAAAUUUUUACUCCCAGAAGUUUCCAGUCGUUUUUAGCUACAGCUGACCGUUGUUAAGAGAGAUACUUGGUUCAUUGUAGGCCACUUUUACAGCCUUCAAAGCCCUUUAGAGAGAUGGUUUAGGCUUCUGUUUGAGCAUGCACAGACUCACAGGAGCUAGAGCAGACGAACUACAGACUCUGUGUAUAAAGAAAUGGGUGAGUCUGGUGUUAGCAGUCCACUGCUGAGCAGGCCCCUGAAGGAUCAACACGUGGUGCUUCUGGCUGCAGAUUGGCUGAGGGGCCUGGGUAAGGUGGGCGUGAAGUGUCAAGCCGCUGAGGAACACCCUCACCCGCACAUAAGGUGGCUGCACUCUACCAGGCUCUACGGGGGACUGCCCUGCCCCACCAGGCUUCAUACCAGCCUGCAGGGAAUCCAAGUGUGUAAAGACAACAAGGAUGGUGGUCCGGGGCAUGCUCCUGUUCUGCAUGGUUGUGGAGCUGGUAGCAGGUCAGCUCAGCCUGGAGAAGGCUAGUGAGAGGCCAUGUGUGUUUCUCAGCAGUGUUUCAGUCAGAAUUCAUCAGGAUAAGGCUUAAUUUUUAUGGUAAACUCAUUGUUGAAGCCCCAUUCUUCAAUCUGUUUUCCUGUUGUGGAGUUCAUCUUACUGCAGGAAGUGCAGUACAGGACAGCUGUAUUGGAUGCCGCAGUGAGGGCUAGUAAGAUUUGCAGGGAGGACUUGAAGGUGCUCCAGAAUUCUUGUUAGGGGCUUUGACAUGCAAUGGAAACUUGUGAGUAAAGGUGCCUAGAGUUGGUUUCUUGGUUCUCCCCUCCUGUUUCCAGGUGGUAGGGAGGCCAGGGCCUGUAGGUAGGCCUAGGAACCCUGUCCUCACCCAGCGGGGAGCAGGCUGUGUCUUAUAGACCCUGCUCCUGAACCUGAGUGUGGACCCUGCUCUUGAGGGUCUGUAGUGCCCCAUGGGCUCAGCUGUAGUACAUGAAAUGGUUUCCCUCCAGUGCAGGACCUGUGAGAUGAGGGGUGUGACCUUGCAUCUUCUCCUCCCUUGUCCAAGCCUGGGGUGGCUCAAAACACAGACGUGCUUUACAUCCUAGCUCCCCCUUUCCUGCUGAGGGAGGAAGUAACGGUCCCAGCACUCCUGUCACUUUCCCCCUUGUUUUCAGGCCUAGUUCCUUCUGGCGAGGGUCCCUGCCUCAGGAGCCCUUGCAGCCUGGCCUCUCUUUCUAGUCUGCACGGCCCAGGAUGUGUCCAGGAUCUUCUGGGCUGCCAGCUUCUCUUCUUCUCUAGGCCCUUCCUCUUUGCUUGGAGAAAUUCCCCUCAGUGGAAACCCCCUGCCCCCUGGCUGCAAAGCUUUUUCUGACCAAUCUGCUUCUUUGUGGCUGCCCCCUUGUUAUAGACUUGGUCUUCUGUUUUUCUAAAACAGGUUCUGUACCUCAUUAUGGCCUUAUCUUCCUGAAUGUUGAGUCUCUAGGUGGUUUCUGCUGUUCUUUUUUUACUGUUUGUCCUCAUGGUUCUCGUACCUGGGCUUCCUGUAUGUGUCUGUGACACACACCUGUGUCUACUGUUUUUACUUCUUAUUAACAGAAACUUGUCUGAAUCCUACGUGGACAUUCUCUGCAUUCAGAUUUCUGUGUAUGUUUGAGGGAUGAAGGAUCUUACCUUAAACUUGUUAGCUUCCAGUUUAGUGCCAAACACAAAGACAUUCAAAAUUAGGAAGAAGUCAAACGGCCAACAAUGUGGAACGAUAUUCAACUUCUUCAGUAUCUAAGGAAAUAUAGCUGUAAAGACGAUAUCUUUUUUGUAUAUUAUACUUUAAUAAAAAGUUUUGAAGAAUGGAUAGUUUUAAAACACUUGGCAAUAAAAAUGGCAAUACCUCACAUUUGAAGGUGCAGGGAAAUGGUACUCAUUGAGAGAGUGAAUGUACACUGGUACCCCUUUUGGUGGGGAUGAGGAUGUGUAUAAAAAGAGAGUGACACGCUAUGUGAUUCAACAAUUCAGUUUGAAGGAUUUUAAGCUUAAGAAAUAAGGUGUGUGCAAAGAUUUUGCUGUUAGAAUAUUUAUCACAGCUUUUUUUUUUUUUUAUGAAAUAGGGGAGAAUUGGAAACAUCCUGAAAUUCCCUCAGUUAGAGGUAGGUUAGGAACAUUAUGGCCAGUCCCUGUUUAUUUUCUUGAGAGAUGGUUACAAAGUGUCUCUAAGUCUUGAAAAGACCUGGUUGCUAAGCAGUAUGCCCAAUAUGACUUUUUUAAGGCACAGAAAAAAGCUUAGAAAGAGGUCUCCUCAGAAGCAGCGUCAGUGAAUUCCUGGGUUGGGAGGAGCACUCAGCAUUUCCACAUUCAUUGGUGGGCCAGGCCUUCAGCCAGCAGGUGGAAAACUGCUCUGGACAAGGGAGGGGGGUCCAGAACAGAGCAUCAUCCUUUCUCCCCGAUUUGCAUUCAUUUAUAGUGUUUCAGGUACUCUGUCUUCUUUAAUCCUUCCAACAUCCCUGAGAUACAUUUUUUGGGUGAAAAUAUACAUAACAAAGCUUAUACUCAUUCAACAUUUUUUACAUGUGCAGUUCAGUGACAAAGGUCAUGUACUUCCCGUUGUGUCACCAUUCUCACUGUCUCCCCCACCCCCGUUUUUAUUUUGAAAAAUUUCCAGACUGCAGAGUUGGAAGAAUAGUAUAGUGAAUGCCGUACCCCCUCCCCGGGAGUUGCCAGUCCUUAGCUUUUGCCUUAUUUGCUUAUGCAUACUCCUGACCUUGCACGUUUUUUAAUCCUGUUCUUUGUACUGGUGCUGAAUUUGAAAGUAACUCGCAGAAGUCAUUCUUCCACAGGUGCUUUGUGAGCACAAGGGUGGUCUGCAGAGCCACACCUGCAUGGUCACGACUGUGGCAUGGAACACUGAUACAGCAUUAUCUAAUACACAGUCUACAUGCCAUUUCCUCCAGUGGGCCUCUCAAUAUUCUCUACAGCUUUGCUUUUUUAAUAGUCAGGAUCCAAGCAAGGGUUACUCAUUUGCAUCUGUGUGUCUCUCUCAUUUCCUUUCAUCUAAAAUAGUCCCCUUGCCUUUUUCAAAAACGACAUGGACAUUUUUUGAAAGAUCAGACUAGUUGUCUUGUAAAAGACUGAAUUUGUCUGAUGGAUUAGGUUUGUCUCCUCAGGCUAAAUAUUUAUGUCAAGAAAACUACUUAGAAGAAUGAAGAACACCACAGACACAAGGUAAUUAUGAGCCUAAGAGACAGAAAGAACCACAUAAACCAGAGUCUACAUCAGCCUGAGACCAGAAGAACUAGAUGGUGCCCGCCCACAACCGAUAACGGCCAUGACAGGGAACACAACAGAGAACCCCUGAGGGAGCAGGAGAGCAGUGGGAUGCAGACCCCAAAUCCUUGUAAAAAGACCAGACUUAAUGGUCAGAUUGGGACUAGAAGGACCCAGGAGGCCAUAGUCCCCAGACCUUCUGUUAGCCCAAGACAGGAACCGUUCCCAAAGCUAACUCUUCAGACAGGGAUUGGACUGGAAUAUGGGAUGGAAAAUGAUACUGGUGAAGAACGAGCUUCUUGGAUCAAGUAGACACAUGAGACUAUGUUGGCAUCUUUUGUCUGGAGGGGGGAUGAGAAGGCAGAGGGGGCCAGAAGCUGCCCGAAUGGACAUGAGGAGAGAGAGUGGAGGGAAGGACCAAGUCGUCUCAUUAGGAGGAGAGCAAUUAGGAGUGUAUAGCAAGGUGUAUGUAAAUUUUUGUAUGAGAGACUGACCUGAUUUGUAAACUUUCACUUAAAGCACAAUAAAAAUUAAUUAAUUAAAAAAAAAAAUUACUUAGAUAACGCGCUAGAGGGUGUCUUAAUUUCUUUCUUUUUUAAAAAAUAUACCAAGAAGAGUUUUAGAUUUACAAUGAAUGAAUUGAUACAGAUACCUUAUUAUUAAGUAAAGUCCAUACUUCGAUUUGCUUAGUUUUCACCUUAUAUCCUUUUUCUGGAUUCUACAUUAGUUAGUUGUCAUGUCUCCUGAGGGUUGUCUUGGUGGUGACAGUUUCUCAGACUUUCCUUGUUUUUGAUGACUUUGCCAGUUUUGAGUACUGGCCAGAUAUUUUGCAGGAAUCCCCUCUGUUGGUUUUUUUUUUUUCCCUCACGUUUAGACUAGGGUGAUGGAUUUUGGGAGGAAGACCAGAGGUGAAAUGCCUCUAACAUGUCCUGUCAGGGUACCUGCUGUCACUCAUCACUGUUGACGUUGACCUUGAUCUCCUUAUCAGCCUUUUCCACUGGGAAGUUACAUUUCCCCUUUUCCACACUGUGCUCUUUGGUGGGGUCACCAAGCGCAGCCCAGACAUAAGGAGUGGGGAGUCACGUGCACCCUUAGUGUAAUUUUUAUCAGCAUAUACUGAUUUUUGGGAAACCCUGGUGGUGUAGUGGUUAAGUGCUACAGGUGUUAACCAAGAGGUCGGCAGUUAAAUCUGCCAGGCACUCCUUGAAACUCUGUGGGGCAGUUCUCUGUCCUAUACGGUCAUUAUGAGUCGGAAUUGACUCAACGGCAGUGGGUUUAGUUUUGGUUUCUGGAUACUGAUUUUUAUGACGAGCACAUUUUUUAAUCACAGAUAGUUGAGCAUUCAUCCAAAGCUGCAUGGGCACUGAUUCUACACAGGUUUCGGGUGCACUUGGGUACUUGACAAUCACGUCACAGGUGUAGGGUGCACAUGUGUGCUUGAAGAUCACAUUGUGUUUUCAUAGAUUUAGGGUGCAUAUGUGUACUUGAAGAUCAUGUUGUCACAGGUUUAGGGUGCCCAAGUGUACUGGAAGAUCAUAUUGUUGUGUUUUCACAGGUUUAGGGUGCACGUGUGUACUUGAAAAUCACACUGUUGUGUUUUCACAGGUUUAAGGUGCAUGUGUGUAUUUGAAGGUCAUGUUGUCACAGGUUUAGGGUGGACAUGCGUAGUUGAUGAUCACAUUGUAUGUUUUCACAGGUUUAGGGUGCACAUGUGUACUUGAAGAUCAUGUUGUUUUCACAGGUUUAGUGUGUACUUGAAGGUGAUGUUGUGUUGUCACAGGUUUAGGGCGUAUGUGUGUACUUGAAGAUCACAUUGUUAUGUUUUCACAGGUUUAGGUGCACGUGUGUAUUUGAAGAUCACAUUGCAACACAGUAGAACUGCCCCUUGGAGUUUCCUAGACUGUAAUCUUUAUGGGACGAGAUCACCAGGUCUCCCAUGGAGCUACUAGUAUGACGCCGUCCCCAUCCAGCCCAGCGUGGUGUUAUGUUCCUGCUCAUCCCCAUCCAUGGUGAGGAGCCAGACUGAUGCCGGCAGCGCCCCUGCUGUUCCCAGCAGCAGCAGCAGGCAGGGGCCCAGCAUGGAUGGCACCAUGGUUGAGCCCAGGCCUGGCGCCAAUGCCCUGCAGCACGCUGCUCAGCCGCCGGCCCAGCCUCGCAAGAAGCGGCCCGAAGACUUCAAGUUUGGAAAGAUUCUUGGCGAAGGCUCUUUUUCCACAGUCGUCCUGGCCCGAGAACUGGCCACCUCAAGAGAAUAUGCGAUUAAAAUUCUUGAGAAACGUCACAUCAUCAAGGAGAACAAGGUCCCGUAUGUGACCAGAGAACGGGAUGUGAUGUCGCGCCUGGACCACCCCUUCUUCGUGAAGCUUUACUUCACAUUCCAGGAUGACGAGAAGCUGUAUUUUGGCCUUAGUUAUGCCAAAAAUGGAGAACUACUUAAAUACAUUCGCAAAAUUGGCUCAUUCGAUGAGACCUGUACCCGAUUUUAUACCGCCGAAAUCGUGUCUGCUUUAGAGUACCUGCAUGGCAAAGGCAUCAUCCACAGGGACCUUAAACCAGAGAACAUUCUGUUGAAUGAAGACAUGCAUAUCCAAAUCACAGACUUUGGAACCGCCAAAGUGCUCUCCCCUGAGAGCAAGCAAGCCAGGGCCAACUCAUUUGUGGGAACAGCCCAAUACGUCUCUCCAGAGCUGCUCACAGAGAAGGCGGCCUGUAAAAGUUCAGACCUUUGGGCCCUUGGCUGCAUAAUCUACCAGCUUGUGGCAGGACUCCCACCGUUCAGAGCAGGAAAUGAGUAUCUUAUCUUCCAGAAGAUCAUUAAGUUGGAAUAUGACUUUCCAGAAAAAUUCUUCCCCAAGGCCAGAGACCUUGUGGAAAAGCUUUUGGUCUUAGAUGCCACGAAGCGAUUAGGCUGUGAGGAGAUGGACGGUUACACGCCUCUGAAAGCCCACUCGUUCUUCGAGUCUAUCAUAUGGGAGAACCUGCACCACCAGACACCCCCAAAGCUCACGGCCUACCUGCCAGCGAUGUCCGAGGACGAUGAGGACUGCUACGGGAACUAUGACAACCUCCUGAGCCAGUUCGGCUGCAUGCAGGUAUCCUCAUCAUCCUCGUGCCACUCCCUAUCAGCCCCAGAGCCAGGCCUCCCACAGCGCUCUGGCAGCAACAUCGAGCAGUACAUCCACGACCUGGAUUCGAACUCUUUUGAACUGGACUUACAGUUCUCUGAGGAUGAGAAGAGGUUACUGUUGGAGAAGCAGGCUGGUGGGAACCCUUGGCACCAGUUUGUAGAAAAUAACUUAAUACUAAAAAUGGGUCCAGUAGAUAAGCGGAAGGGUUUAUUUGCUCGCCGACGACAGCUACUGCUCACAGAAGGGCCACAUCUAUACUACGUGGAUCCCAUCAACAAAGUCCUGAAAGGGGAGAUCCCAUGGUCACAGGAGCUCCGACCAGAGGCGAAGAACUUUAAAACCUUCUUUGUUCACACACCUAACCGGACGUACUACCUGAUGGACCCAAGCGGCAAUGCUCACAAGUGGUGCAAGAAGAUCCAGGAGGUGUGGAGGCAGAGGUACCAGAACCAGCCGGACGCUGCUGUGCAGUGACAUGCCAUGGCCAGGUGGCACUCGCUGCCAGGACAUGUGCCCCAUGAGGGCUCGCCGCCACGUCACCAGGACUCUCCUAGACCACCUGCUGGAACCUCAAGGGGAGAGCAGACGUCGGACACCUUGCAGCUUUCUUACUUAAGAGAAAAGAAGAAAAAACCAACAACACAGAGAACAAAACCAAUAACAGACAUGCAGGAAUUCAGGGUUGCUUUGCUCACUCUGUGCUUCUGUGGAGGCUCCACCCACUCUCGCUUGCGCGGACCCCGCUUCGUGCAUGGUGUCUCAUUCCCUCUGCAGACUAGUGGGCCGACCUGCAUCCCAGCUUCUCCCCAUGUCAGUCAGCUGAGGCCCCACUCCUCGACCCACCCCCUGAGUGCUGGUCCUGCAUGGGCCUUCUGUGUUACCACCAGUCCUUUCACAGGCAGCUGUGGCACACUGUGCUGGAGGACAGUUGUCAGUGCAGUCGUUUGUGCUCUCUGCCUGUGCCCUCACUUCCGGCCCAGCCUGACCCCAUGCAGACCAGGCUGCAGGGUCCCUGUGGUCCUGGCCCUCAUUAUGUGGGGUCAGAUGCCAUGGGGUGAGGUGGGAACGCAGGUUGUCAGGAAGUGGUCAGAUCUCAAACCAGGGAACAGCGUGGCUUGGAAGGGAAGGAGCCCUGUCAUGGUGAGCCUGACUGGCACAACCCUGGUCAUGUUACAGGUGGCCCCUGCAAGCCACCUCAUGGCCUGGGGACAGUGAGACGUCUGGUCCCUCCCCCGUCUGUUGAAAAAGCGUUAAUGUGGCUCCGCAUUGGUUAAGCAUGGCUGAGAGGAGCCUGGGGUCCAGCAGGUAUAGCCAUGCCCUUUUCCUGUGCUGCUGUGGCCACUUGUUCUGGGCAGCCUGACACCCAGCUUCUUAUCUCACAUGGGGCUGGCCACUCGUCCUGUAAAGAGCCAACGUUGUCUGGAAGGAAGUGUUUUCCACUCACCAUUGCAUGAAAGAGGCGAGAACCCCCACCCCCAACAUACACCUAUUCCUGAGUAUACCUGGUCUGAACCCUGCACACACCUGUACCUGUGUAUACCUGGUCUGAGCCGUGCAUACACCCGUUCCUAAGUACACCUGGUCUGAACCUCACACACACCUGUACCUGAGCAUACCUGGCCUGAACCUCACACACACCUGUACCUAAGUACACCUGGCCUGGCUCCCUCUUCCCGUUUUCAGGUUGUUACGUGUGUACUGGUGUUGUACACACGGUCCAGAACUUGUCGGCUAUUUUAUUCUUUGCCCUGCUCAGGUGGAGAGGACUCUCGGUGGUCUAGCAGACUCGGCCAGUCCUUCCUUUCCCUGCCCCAGGUUGUCCCCAUAGGGCAGCCCUUGACACCACCACGUUCACAGUCGGCUCCCAGACAUGGCUCUGAGUUCAAAGUCCCACGGGAUAAGAACUUUGCAUUUCCCCUAGAUUUUCACAAAGUGGCAGGAGCAAAAGGCUCAAAUAGAAAAAGUUCCCACUCCCCCACUCCCUGUCUGGAAUGAGCCACCUCUGGCCCUGGGUAUCAGGCCAGGCCCACAGUGAGGGAAGGUUUCCCUCUCAAGCACCUCGCUGGGCUGUAGGGGAGGUGGCCGUCACACUGGCCUCUGCCCCUCUGGCAGCCCCACUACCUCCUGGGCUUCACCGACAUGCUCCCACACAGCCUGAGGCUCAGAAACAGGGUCCUGGUGAAGCUUGUGGCACACAGAGCUGUGCAUACUGCCCUUUGCCUGAGCUGAUGAGCACUGUCUGUCUCUAGGCCAUUCUUUCCUUCCACCCGUAAGCCCUUUUCCUCUUGCUGUUUUUGAAGGUCCACACUUGCUGUUUCUUGUUCAUGUCAACCUGCAUUUUAUCCAGCCCCUCCCUGAAGCCAUAGCUCUGGCACACAGGUGCCUUACGUUCUCAUGUGUAUACUUGCAUGUCUAUGUGCAUGGAUGCACAUGCAUGGAAAAAUAAAAGUGGCUGUUACCUAGGUAUAACAGAUUCAGGAUGCGUGUGUCAGAGCGGGCAGGAACGUUCCCAAAGUCUGAGCAGUGGGCAAGGAGAGUGCAGGGGCAGCUGGCUAAGAUGAGGAUGUCCCCUGCCUUCUUGUGGACCGUGGAGGGCCAUGUGCAGUGCCUGUGGACCCCAGGUCAUCCCAUCCCUGGUGGGUAGUGAUGCUGUGAGGCUGCUGCCUCGCGCCUGCUAAAGAUAUCUUUGGAAAAGGUGGCUGGCGGGAGCUUCUUCACCUGCCCCAGCGUUCUUCCUGGACCACUCUGUGGCAUUUGUGGCCCAGGCCUGGUGGAAUUGCAGAGGAGACAGCACAUGGUACAGACCCCCAGGGCUCUCCAGGGGCUCCGGGCAAUGCUGUGCUCUCUUAGAGCCCACAUUGGUCUUCUAAAGUCAACUGGAGGCUUGCCGCCAGAGGAGACUGCUGUGAACAUUUGGGUGUAGGUCUUGCCAGGUGUCCCCACACACAUUGGUUUGCUUUGCUGACCAGCCUGGGAUCUUACAACAUAGAUUGUUUUGCACCCAGUGUCUGCCCAUGUCAUAAACAAUUUUUCAAAAACAUGUUUUUAAUGAUUGUAGAGUUUAUGGUUGUGAAUUUCAUCACGAUCUACUUGACCUGCUGUGACACACUUAGGUGGUUUUGUUUUCUCACUAUUUGGAUAACGCUGUGAUGAAUAGCCUUAUAAACCUUUGAUUU